GAAUUGGCUAGGUCCCAGUGUCACUUCACUAGUCGAACAAACUUAUUUCCCUUGUCGUAGAAAAGAAACAUAACCACAGUUUAAAGUCUUUUGAUGGUAAAUUUGCAUAUGCUCUCAUCGGAUAAGUGAUAAGAACAUUGAAUAAGUCCUCAAGUCUUGAAAAAUUACUUGUAUGUCGAUUAUUAGAUUUCCUAUCAAACUGUCCACGAAUGAAACUCGUUACUUAAACAUGGGAUUAAAGCUCUAUCGAUUGAAGCAUUCAAAAGAAAGUUGGAUCAACUGAGACUAACAUAGGCUACCCAAACCUCUAUAUUGAACAAAUCGGUGGCGAAAAUUUCACUGGACAUUUAAAACAACAUAUGCAUAGCAAUAUUACCACAUGCUGAAACAUGAAACACUGAUAAGCCAGAGGAAAACCACACGGAACGAAACAUGGCGUUUAUCCCCGAAUACGAUAGCGAAAAUAGCGGCAAUAGCCUCUCUCUGAUUGGUUGCCGGAAUCAAGGUCAAAUGGUGAACAAAAAUGGAGUUUAACCGCAAUCUCUCCCCAGUUUGAUUUCAUAAGUAUGAAUAUAAAAGAUGAUAUUCAGAGUUUCAAUGUGGGUUCGUUAAAUCCAACAGUUGUAGAAAUUCGACAGUUGGAUGGAUCAAUCACCAAAAGUAAUAAAUAUGGCUCAGAAAUUGAAAAAGUUGAUAGAUGUAGUCGACCAGAACCUAAUUUCUCUUCUUAUGGUUUUAUUCCAAAUUUUAAUCCCGAUCUACAAAUAGGAAAGAUAAAUCUCCCGGAGUUUACAAUUUUAUUCGGUUCUGCUGAUGUUGCUCAAGAUUUGAAUCUAUUACAAGCUAAUCAUGUUACGCAUGUUAUUAACCUCGUUUCAGAUCUAGUACCAAAUUAUUUUCCAGAAUUCUUUCAAUAUCUAUCUCUUAUUGUUUAUGAUGAUUUAACAUUUCAAUUACGUGAUAUUAUACAUUGUUGUUGUGAUUUUCUCAAUGUUGUCAAACAAAAAGAAGGUUGUUGUUUUAUACAUUGUGAAGCUGGUCUAUCACGUGCACCAUCUAUUGUAAUUGCUUAUCUUAUUCUGAUAUACGAUUAUUCAUAUGAAGAAGCGUAUAAUUUAGUGAACAACUCUAGAAAUGUUUGUAUUAAUGUAAACUUCAGAUCACAGCUAAUGAGAUUAAGUUGAUUAUGUAAUAUAUAUUAUUUUUUUUAUUUUAUUUGGGUAAAAAAAUUCUAUUUUUCACUUUCUAUCAUCAUUACUGAAAUUAAUGACGCCGAAAAAAAUUAGGCGGAAUUACAAUUUCUGUCGUGUAUUUUGAAAUUUUUUUUACUUUUCAAGAUGACAUUGAAUUGUUUUUGAUAAUUUUAAAUUCUUACCGAACAAUUUAACAGAAUAUAUCAUAUAUUUAAUGAAUUAACAAAUUAUAAAUUAGUUACUGUCCUU